AUGGACGUUAACUCGCCGGAGACGACGGAGAAACAUCUUAACGAAGUCUCCGCCGACGCCGCCAAGCCAAAUGUUCCAAACCCUAACGACGAACUUCUCCGGCGUAAUCCAAGUUCGUUUCCAAAUCUACGAAUCAAAAUCCCUACUUCAUCUUUUUCUACGUUUGAUGGCUCUUCCGGUUACUCUCCGUCGCGGUUACAGUUACGACCACCGUGGCCGUCGUUAAAACGUGCAGCAGCUAAUCCAUUUUCUAGGCAGAAUAAACGCCGUCAAGGCGCUGGGAAUGUCCGUAUCGAUGAUUUCUCCGGCGGAACUGGAAGCGAUUCCGAUGAAGCGGUGGAGCACUACGGCGGAGAAGAGAAUAGAGCUAUAGAAAGACCUGAGCAAUCAUCAAGAUCAAUGUCUGAAGAAACUGUUUCAUCUGAGCUUGAAGAAGAGCCUCAAAAAGUGUUUACGCACACUGUAACAAGCUGGAGCAACGGUUUCACUGUCGAUGAUAGCUCGUUAAAGACGUUGGAUGACCCGGAAAAUGCAACCUUUCUUGAGAUCAUAUCAAGUAUGGAGUCCCCACGUGAACUCGGUCAAGUCCGUGUUCAAGUCAAAAUCAUUAGCCGUGAAGAAGAAAACUACACUGAAUCACAAGCCGGAUCAGACUCUGCCUCAACUAAGCCACCACCAGCUUUAGCAAUGAGAGCUAAGGAGUCAGCUAUAGAAAGAUCUGAGCAAUCAUCAAAGGUAUUGUCUGGAGAAACUGAUUCAGCUGAGCUUCAAGAACAACAGCAAGAAGACCAGCCAUAUGAAGUAGUCACGUACACUGUAACUAUUUGGAGGAACGGUUUCACUGUCGAUGAUGAUCCGUUUAAGAGUUUGGAUGAUCCAGAAAAUGCAGCUUUUCUCGAGUAUAUGCCAGAGGAUAACAAGUUUGGAGUCCCCACGACUACUCGAUCCACUUCGUGUUCAAGUCAAACUCAUCAAGAGUUACAAACUCUAGCCGGAUCAGAGUCUACCUCUACUGAGCCACCAUUGACGACUACACAACCACCAUCCAUGAGCUCAUUAGUGGUGGAUCCUGCAGCGCCAACAACCUCGAUCCAGCUUAUAUUAGCAGACAGCACACGCAUUGUCACCCAGUUCAAUACUCACCACACCAUUAGAGACAUUCGAUGCUUCAUAGACACGUCUAGACCAGAUGGCUCCAAAGACUACCAAUUACUCAUCAUGGGGUCUCCUCCUACACCACUGUCGGACUUUGACCAAACCAUCGAGAAGGCUGGCAUCGCCAACUCUGUCCUCGUCCAAAAAUUCUAGCUCUUUUCUAAGCACAUUAGAGACCAAUUCUAUGGUUACAAAAUAGCAUCAUAAACUUUUUAUUGACUUUUCGCUAGUCUUAUGUUUGA